CCCUGCCCUGUCACCUUCCCCCGUCUGCUCCCGCCCUUCCCGCCUCUUCAGGACUCCCAAACUCUGACCCUCCGAUCUCCACUGUCCCCCUUCUCCUUUCCGAUGAUAUUUCACCCGGAGCCACCGCCUCCGGUCACCCUCUCCUCGCCCUGACUGUUCCUUGCUUGGCCCCAACCUUUUCCCCAGUUACUCCUCCUUUUCACCUGCGUCCCGCGUUCCUAGCCCCCCGGCCCCGUUCCCGGCCUCCCUUCCUAAGCUGUGCUGGGCAGUGUGGACGGUCCUCCCUUGUCAGCGAGACUUUCGGGAAGGGAUGGUGGAGUGUUAAGGUGGUUGGAGUGCAGGCUACCCCCAUCCUACCCGCAGAGGAGGAUAAAGUUCAUUGUAAAAGUCUCAGUAUAAAAGUACAACGAAAAGAAAACAAGCUUGUUCUUUCCUGUAGAGAGCCAACUGAGGUGGAGGGCUGAGUUUUGAUCUAUGUCCACCCUAUCUCAGCUGCCUGAAAGUACUUAAUGAUCACAUGACCCUGGACAUGGAUGCUGUCCUGUCGGAUUUUGUCCGUUCCACAGGCGCAGAGCCUGGGCUGGCCCGAGAUCUCCUGGAAGGAAAGAAUUGGGACGUGAGUGCCGCCCUCAGUGAUUUUGAACAGCUACGUCAAGUUCGUGCUGGGAACCUGCCGCCACCCUUUAGUGAAGGGAGUGGUGGCUCCAGGACCCCUGAAAAAGGGUUUUCUGAUAGAGAGUCUGCCCGCCCUCCCCGGCCCACCCUACAGCGGCAGGAUGACAUCGUUCAAGAAAAACGCCUGUCUAGGGGCAUCUCCCACGCCAGCUCCAGCAUUGUUUCCCUGGCCCGAUCCCAUGUCUCCUCCAAUGGUGGGGGUGGGGGGAGCAGUGAGCACCCCCUGGAAAUGCCCAUCUGUGCCUUCCAGCUUCCAGAUCUCACUGUGUACAACGAAGACUUCCGCAGCUUCAUAGAGAGAGACCUUAUUGAACAGUCCAUGUUGGUUGCCUUGGAACAGGCAGGGCGUUUGAACUGGUGGGUGAGUGUGGACCCUACCUGCCAGAGGCUGCUUCCUUUGGCAACUACUGGGGAUGGAAACUGCCUUCUUCAUGCAGCCUCCCUAGGCAUGUGGGGUUUCCAUGAUCGGGACUUGAUGUUGCGUAAAGCUUUGUAUGCACUGAUGGAGAAAGGAGCUGAGAAGGAAGCAUUAAAACGGCGCUGGAGGUGGCAGCAAACACAGCAGAAUAAGGAGUCAGGGCUGGUUUACACAGAGGAUGAGUGGCAGAAGGAAUGGAAUGAGCUGAUCAAGCUUGCCUCGAGUGAACCCCGCAUGCAUCUAGGUACCAACGGAGCCAACUGUGGUGGGGUGGAGAGCUCAGAGGAGCCCGUGUAUGAGAGCCUAGAAGAAUUCCACGUCUUUGUCCUUGCCCAUGUACUUAGGAGGCCCAUAGUUGUUGUGGCCGACACCAUGCUGAGGGACUCUGGUGGGGAAGCAUUUGCCCCUAUUCCCUUUGGGGGAAUCUAUCUGCCUUUGGAGGUCCCAGCCAGCCAGUGUCACCGCUCCCCUCUGGUGCUCGCCUAUGAUCAGGCCCACUUUUCUGCACUUGUGUCCAUGGAGCAGAAGGAGACCGCCAAGGAACAAGCUGUGAUCCCACUCACGGAUUCGGAGCAUAAGCUGCUGCCCUUGCACUUUGCUGUGGACCCUGGAAAGGGCUGGGAGUGGGGCAGAGAUGACAGUGACAACGUCCGAUUGGCCAGUGUAAUCCUGUCCCUAGAGGUCAAAUUGCACCUGCUGCAUGGCUACAUGAAUGUGAAGUGGAUCCCAGUGUCCUCUGAUGCACAGGCUCCUCUGGCCCAACCUGAGUCCCCCACAGCCUCAGCUGGAGAUGAGCCCCGGUCCACUCCUGAGUCUGGGGAAUCAGACAAAGAGUCCGUCGGCAGCAGUUCCACGAGCAAUGAGGGCAGCAAGCGGAAAGAGAAGGCAAAACGAGGUCGAGAGAAAGACAAGAAGAGAGCAGACUCCGUGGCUAACAAACUGGGCAGCUUUGGCAAAACCUUGGGCAGCAAGCUCAAGAAGAACAUGGGCGGCCUGAUGCACAGCAAGGGUUCUAAGCCGGGAGGGAUGGGAGCAGGGGCGGGGGUAAGCAGCGGCACUGAGACACUGGAGAAGAAGAAGAAGAACUCCCUGAAGAGCUGGAAGGCGGGCAAGGAGGAGGCAGCUGGGGACGGGCCUGUGUCUGAGAAGCCCACGGCGGAGUCUGUCGGUAACGGAGGGAGCAAGUAUAGCCAGGAGGUGAUGCAAAGCCUGAGCAUCAUGAGGAUUGCAAUGCAAGGGGAGGGGAAGUUUAUUUUUGUUGGAACCCUGAAGAUGGGUCACCGUCAUCAGUAUCAGGAGGAAAUGAUCCAGCGCUACCUUUCUGAUGCCGAAGAGCGAUUCCUGGCAGAGCAGAAGCAGAAAGAAGCAGAGAGGAAGCUCCUGAAUGGAGGGCUAGGCGGCGGGCCUCCUCCAGCCAAAAAGCCAGAGCCAGAUGGUGGGGAGGAGUUGCUGACUGCCCCUCCAGCAGAGUCCAAGGCGAUGGCAUUCUCUUCUGGCUACCCCGGGGGCUUUACUGUCCCUCGGUCUACAGGGGCUGGGGUCCACUGCCAGGAGCCCCGGCGGCAGCUGGCAGGGGGUCCUUGUGGGGGAGGCCUACCACCAUAUGCCACCUUCCCCAGACAGUGCCCUCCAGGGCGACCCUACCCCCAUCAGGACUGCAUCCCUUCUCUGGAGCCAGGCAGUCACUCCAAGGAUGGCGGUCACAGGGGUGCGUUGUUACCACUCCCCUUCCGCGUGGCUGAUUCCUAUAGCAACGGCUACAGAGAGCCCCCUGAGCCAGAUGGAUGGGCUGGAGGGCUUCCUCUGGCCCAGACCAAAUGCAAACAACCGAACUGCAGCUUCUAUGGACACCCGGAGACAAACAACUUCUGCUCCUGCUGUUACAGGGAAGAACUGAGGAGGAGGGAGCGGGAACCCGGUGGGGAGCUGCUGGUGCACAGGUUCUGAGCGGGGGAACCUUGGAGGGCAAGGGGGCUAAACAAAGAGAGUUAAGCUCCACUAAUUGGCUCAUCAAGACCCAGCCCCCAUGCAAAUGGGGCAAAUGCAGUAACGUUGGUGGGAGCCUGGCUGGAAACUUUGAAGUGGGUGCGCGCUCGAGAGCUGCCAGGCUGGCAAGAGCAGGGCAGGGCCAGACGGUGCCUGGAGGGCUCCACUGGUCCUUCGCCAAUCUUGAUGGGACUGAGGAAGUAUGGGGUGGGGCGGGGAGAUGCUGAUUCUGUCUCAUAACUGCUUGGGUACACCCCAGGACCUAAGGGAAAGAGGGGAAGGUUUAGUG